UCAAGAACGAUACACGUUCUACGCGCGUCUCUGUCGAUUUCACCCUUCCGGUCCAUCACCGAGCGCGUACGAUUCGCGCGGAAACAGGUGGCAACGUGAUGUGACAUUACACCGUGUUUCCCGACAGUGUUUGCGUCAAGUGACUGCAGUUACUACGAUAUUUGGUUUUUUUCCGGUUACCGUGGGAUUUUCACAGUGGCGCGUCGCGUUCGUAAGAGACCGGCAAGCGUUGUUGCGUACCGCGUCUCGCACCCUGUGUUGUUCGCUCCCGUUUGUGUUUGACCGGAAAAUUAUCGCGCAAAAGUGUAUCGGGGGUUGAUAAUCGUAAGGAUGUAUUGGCACAUGGCCGAGAUGACAGAAGCGCGAUAAAGGCGCGGAGAUUCGGCUACGCCCCGCACCCCAACCGUCAUGGCAACUCGUCGACCCGACGUAACACAGGAUAGAGGCAAUUUGAGCGAAUUUAAGAGAGUUUAAAGUACGCGCUGUCACGCGAAGCGAAUCGAAUCGACAUCGUGCACGGAUUAUACGCGGACGAUUGUGAGUGAACCGCGUUCAAAAGUGACGCGAACGAGCGUGAGAAAAAGAACAGCGCGGCCGUGGAUUUGCCGCUGAAACUCCGAUCGCUAUGCUUUCUCCGCGUCCCGUCAUACACUUCUCGUUACUCUUCCGUUUUUAACCUUGACGCAAUAGAAUUUAUCGUAGUUUGUUGUACAAUUCGUAUAUAGUUUAUUUGACUUUCGAAACAGUGUUACGGGUCGUUUGGACAAUUACGUGCAAUCGUUUGGAACACCAUGUACCGACGGCUCCGAUUUUAAUCCGUCUCUCGGCUACAAAAAGGCUGAUAUUUCAAAAUGGAGUUGCGGGAAAGGUGCUUCGUGUAUCAGGAAGAGAAACAGCGUACGCCAGUGACGGAAUUGAAUCGGUGAUAAAUCUUGGAUUACGCGCUGCAAAAGGACAUACCGACGCCAUUUUUUUUUCUUCCGAGAUACUGUGCUUUCACGAUCGUUUUCGAUAUUCAUUGCUCAACGACUGUUCAAGUUUGUGAUAAGAAUAAUAGUGCAAUCGGCGUGUGAACUUGUGCAUUUUAUUUUACUUGUACCGUGUGUCAGUGUGAAGGUGUACGUGGAUGUGUUGUAUAUGCAUAUUGAAAGUGAGGAUUUGAGGAUAACAGAGGUUAGUUUGAGUUAAUGACGAUGGUGAUCGCUGGGAAUGGAGUAGCACGGCGUGUGUUCGUCAAAAUAUGAGGACAGCGUCCUUUUGCGACCCGAGGGAAUCAGUUUUCAGAGAAAAUGUAUCUCACACGCGUCUUCUUGGUUCUUCUACUGGCUGCCAGCUCGAGAUGCAUGUGCUCGAGCGGCUACACUGGCCAGAAUUGCGAGAACGAAUAUAUUCCCUGUGAUCCAUCGCCAUGUAAAAAUGGAGGCACGUGUCAUCAAAUCGACGAUCUGGAGUACGAGUGCAAUUGUCCAGAGGGAUUUCGUGGCGAUCAAUGCGAGGAGAACAUCGACGAUUGUCCAGGGAAUCUCUGUCAGAACGGUGCAACCUGCAUGGACAGGAUAAACGAAUACUCCUGUCUGUGCCCGCCAUCGUACACGGGCACACAAUGCGAGCUCGAUGUGGACGAGUGCUCGGUCCGGCCAUCCUUGUGCCACAACGGUGCCACGUGCACCAAUUCUCCUGGCAGUUAUUCGUGCAUAUGCGUGAACGGAUGGACCGGACCCGAUUGCAGCGUCAACAUCGACGAUUGUGCAGGAGCCGCCUGUUUUAACGGCGCUACCUGCAUCGACCGCGUCGGCAGCUUCUACUGUCAAUGCACCUAUGGAAAGACUGGACUGCUGUGUCACUUGGACGACGCGUGUACAUCGAAUCCUUGUCACGAGGGUGCGAUUUGUGAUACCAGUCCCAUCAAUGGAUCGUUCACUUGUUCCUGUGCCACUGGGUACAAGGGGGCAGACUGCUCGGAGGACAUCGACGAGUGCGAGCAGGGAUCCCCAUGCGAACACGACGGUAUCUGUGUGAACACUCCCGGUUCAUUCGCAUGUAAUUGCACACAAGGAUUCACUGGACCCAGAUGCGAAACGAACGUGAACGAGUGCGAAUCCCACCCUUGUCAGAACGAUGGUUCCUGUCUCGAUGAUCCUGGGACGUUCCGGUGUGUCUGCAUGCCUGGUUUCACCGGAACCCAAUGCGAGAUCGACAUAGACGAAUGCGCCGCAAAGCCAUGUCUGAACGGAGGAGUCUGCACCGACCUGAUAAACUCCUUCAAAUGCACCUGUGCGAACGGUUUCGCCGGCUCCCACUGCCAAAUCAACAUAGACGACUGUGCCUCCUCACCCUGCAAAAACGGCGGAAUUUGCCAGGACUCCAUCGCGAAAUACACCUGCGAGUGUCCUCCAGGAUUCACGGGAGCCUCCUGCGAGACGAACAUCAACGACUGCCAAUCGAAUCCCUGCCACAGCGGGACCUGCAUCGACGGAGAGAACAGUUUCAGCUGCAAUUGUUUCCCUGGAUUCACCGGCAAACUGUGUCAAACGCAGAUCGACGAGUGCGAGAGUAACCCCUGCCAGUUCGGAGGAAGAUGCGAGGACAGGAUAAACGGAUAUCAGUGCAUUUGCAGACCAGGGACUUCCGGUAUCAACUGCGAGGUGAACGUCAACGAGUGCUACAGCAAUCCCUGUAGAAACGGAGCCAGGUGCAUCGACGGUAUCAACAGGUACUCCUGCGAGUGCGAGCCAGGUUUCACGGGUCAGCAUUGUGAGACGGAUAUCAACGAGUGCGCCAGCAACCCUUGUGCCAACGGUGGUCGUUGCAUAGACCUGAUAAACGGCUUCCGGUGCGAAUGUCCACGUGGUUACUACGACGCUAGAUGUUUGAGCGACGUGGACGAAUGCGCGAGCAAUCCUUGCGUGAAUGGCGGCACCUGCGAGGACGGGGUGAAUCAGUUCAUCUGCCACUGUUUGCCCGGUUACGGGGGCAAAAGAUGCGAGGCGGACAUCGACGAGUGCGGCUCGAAUCCUUGCCAACAUGGCGGCACUUGCAACGAUCACCUCAACGGCUACAGCUGCAAAUGUCUGCCUGGUUACGCGGGAACGAACUGCGAGACGAACAUCGACGAUUGCGCUAACAAUCCUUGCCAGAAUGGCGGCUCCUGCAUCGAUCUUGUCAACGAUUACAAAUGCGUGUGCGAGCUGCCUCACACGGGCAGAAACUGCGAGGAUAAACUAGAUCCUUGUUCACCAAACAAAUGUCUUCAUGGCGCCAAGUGUUCACCGUCAUCCAACUUCCUCGACUUCGCCUGCACCUGUUCGGUCGGUUACACCGGCAGACUCUGCGACGAGGACGUUGACGAGUGCGUGAUGACAUCUCCGUGCAGAAACGGUGCUACCUGCAGAAACACCAACGGAUCUUAUCAGUGUCUCUGCGCGAAAGGAUACGAAGGACGAGACUGCAUCAUCAACACCGACGAUUGCGCCUCCUUUCCCUGUCAGAAUGGUGGCACCUGCCUAGACGGUAUCGGCGACUACACUUGUCUCUGCGUGGAUGGUUUCAGCGGCAAGCACUGCGAAAUCGACGUGGACGAGUGUCUGUCGCAACCUUGUCAGAACGGUGCUAUCUGCAAGGAGUACGUGAACUCGUACACGUGUCAGUGUCAGCUCGGAUUCUCUGGGAUAAAUUGUCAAACGAACGACGAGGAUUGCACGGACAGCAGCUGCAUGAACGGCGGGAAGUGUAUCGACGGUAUCAACAACUAUACCUGCGUUUGCAAGCCGGGUUAUACAGGAUCGAACUGCCAGUAUCGUAUCAACGAGUGUGAUAGUUCGCCCUGCUUGAACGGAGCCACGUGCCAUGAUCAUAUUCAGUAUUACACUUGUCACUGUCCGUACGGCUACACGGGAGCCAGAUGCGACCAGUAUGUCGAUUGGUGCGCGGAUAAUCCUUGCGAGAACCAGGCCACGUGCGUGCAGCACAAGAACAAGUACCACUGUAAUUGCUCGCCCGGUUGGACGGGCAAAGUUUGCGACGUGGAGAUGGUUUCGUGUAAAGACGCUGCGAUCAGAAAGGGAGUACCCGAGAAGAACCUGUGUAACAAUGGCAGUUGCGAGGAUAUCGGUAACAGUCAUCGUUGCCACUGUUUGGAGGGAUACACCGGCUCCUACUGUCAAGAAGAAGUCAACGAGUGUGACUCUGCUCCUUGCCAGAAUGGCGCUACCUGCAAGGAUUUGGUUGGGUCCUAUCAGUGCCAGUGCACCAAAGGUUUCCAAGGUCAAAACUGUGAGCUCAACGUGGACGACUGUAGGCCGAAUCCUUGUCAGAACGGUGGUACUUGCCACGAUCUCAUCAGCAACUUCAGCUGCUCUUGCCCACCUGGAACUUUGGGCUUCAUCUGCGAACUCAACGUCGACGACUGCGCUGUGGGCACUUGUCACAACAAUGGAACCUGCACGGACAAGGUUGGCGGGUUCGAGUGCAAGUGUCCACCGGGUUUCGUUGGUCCUAGAUGCGAGGGCGACAUCAACGAAUGCUUGUCCAAUCCGUGUGCGUCGCCAGGAACGCAGGACUGCGUGCAACUCGUCAACAACUAUCACUGCAACUGCAAACCUGGCUACAUGGGACGACACUGUGAAGUCAAGGUGAACUUCUGUGACAGUUCGCCAUGUCAGAACGGUGGAGUUUGCACGGCCAAACAAGCUGGACACACGUGCCUGUGCCAGAGCGAUUAUUAUGGAAGCAACUGCGAGUUCGCGGGGUCCUAUUGCGACAGAGAGCCCUGUUUGAAUGGCGGUACUUGCAGAGUUGCGGAAACCGAAGUUGGGUACAGAUGCUAUUGUCCUCCUGGAACCACUGGAACCCACUGCGAAUUGGAUGCUAGAGACGAGUGCGCCAGCAACCCUUGCCAACAGUCCAACACCGUCUGCAAGAAUCUUAUUGGCGAUUAUGCUUGCGACUGCCCGCCUAAAUGGACCGGCAAGAACUGCGAAAUUUACGACCCCAAUUAUGGAGGUGGCAUCUUUGGCAAUCCUAGCUCGCAUGUUCCGAAAGCUAUGAACGAGUACGAUCUUGAUCUUGAGAUGGAACGGAAGAAGUGUAUAAAGAACAGGUGCGAAGAGAAGUCCGGCAAUCAUCAUUGCGACGAAGAGUGCAACAGAUACGCCUGCAACUUUGAUGGAAACGAUUGUUCUUUGGGGAUCAAUCCGUGGCGCAAUUGCACAGCUCCGAUCAACUGCUGGGAUGUCUUCAUGAACGAUGUCUGCGACGAGGUUUGCAACAACGCUCAGUGUCUGUUCGAUGGAAGGGACUGCGAAAGAAAAUUAGCACCGUGCAAUCCCAUUUACGACGCCUACUGCCGCAAACACUAUGCCAAUGGACACUGCGAUUACGGCUGUAAUAAUGAAGAGUGCAACUGGGACGGUCUCGACUGCGACAGAGAACCACCCUCCUUAGCUGAAGGAGUGAUUUCCGUGGUGGUGAGAAUGGACAUGCAAACUUUCCGCUCGAACGUUGUCGCUUUCCUGAGGGACAUCGGCCACGAGUUGAGAACAACGUUGAGAGUGAAGCAAGACGAACUGGGCAAUGAUAUGAUAUAUCCCUGGAAAAGAGAAAAAGAACCAAGUCUCCAAACGAACUUCUUCGGCAGACCAACAACGGUUUACACCAACACCCAGAGCGGUGUGAUUGCUUAUCUGGAGAUCGACAACAGGAAAUGUACAGUAACGCAAGGAGCAGUAUGUUUCCCUUCAGCCAACGAGGCGGCAGAGUACCUGGCAGCAACCGCGUCCAAGCAUUCCUUGUCUCGAAACUUCCCCAUCGAACAAGUUCGAGGUGUGGUUGGUCCGCAGGGUCCAGAAUACCCGGACACGCCAACCAACUACAAGUAUGUCUUCAUCGGUGUGGUCAUCGUGGUACUCGGAGGAAUGCUCGUCGGUGUCCUGGUCACGGCACAGAGGAAACGGGCUGUGGGAGUCACAUGGUUCCCAGAAGGUUUCCUUCGCACCAGCAGCGGAAGUGGGCAGCGUCGAAGAUCCAGAAGACGAGGUCCGGAUGGCCAAGAGAUGAGAAAUCUGAACAAACAACCGUCAGUGAACUGCAUGGACCUGGAUGUAGGAAACGGAAGAGCACAACAGUGGUCCGACGAUGAAUCAGACUUACCACCGUCCAAGAGAAUGAGAGCGAUAGAGCCUGGAUACGCCAGCGAUCAUACAGCCAUCACCGACUACGAAGAAACGGAACCUCGCAUGUGGACUCAGCAACACUUGGAUGCUGCAGAGAUACGUAGACCCGACGCUGGAGUAUUGACACCACCUAGUCUCGAACACGGUCAGGAUGUGGAUGCCAGAGGACCCUGUGGAAUGACGCCAUUGAUGGUGGCUGCGGUUCGUGGCGGAGGGUUGGACACCGGAGAAGAAGAGGAUGAGAGUGACGGUACAGCUGCUGUGAUCGCCGACUUGGUCGCUCAAGGUGCUGACCUAAACGCUACUACGGACAAGAGCGGAGAGACGUCUCUUCACCUGGCGGCCAGAUACGCCAGAGCCGAUGCUGCGAAGAGGCUCCUCGACGCUGGAGCCGACGCCAAUUCCCAGGACAAUACUGGUAGAACACCUCUUCACUCUGCUGUCGCUGCAGACGCGAUGGGAGUGUUCCAGAUAUUGCUAAGGAACAGGGCAACGAAUCUCAACGCCCGUAUGCACGACGGCACUACACCGUUAAUUCUAGCCGCGCGUUUAGCCACCGAGGGAAUGGUGGAGGAUCUCAUUAACGCAGAUGCGGACAUCAACGCAGCCGAUAACAGCGGUAAAACGGCUCUGCACUGGGCAGCAGCUGUUAACAAUGUUGACGCUGUAAACAUACUCCUCGUUCACGGCGCGAACAGAGACGCCCAGGACGACAAGGACGAGACACCGUUGUUCCUUGCUGCCAGAGAAGGCAGCUUCGAAGCUUGCAAGGCAUUGUUAGAUACAUUCGCCAACAGAGAGAUCACCGAUCACAUGGAUCGAUUACCAAGGGACGUAGCCAGCGAGAGAUUGCAUCACGACAUCGUUAGAUUGCUCGACGAACACGUGCCUCGAUCCCCGCAGAUGGUCACCAUGAUACCAAACGGUCCUCUUAUGGGAUCUCCAAAUCACCCACAACUCAUCACGCAUCCAACGGUGAUCGGUUCCGCCCCGAAGCAGGCGAAAUCGAAGAAACGACCGAAAACAGGGACAGCGGGAAACCCAAACAGUCCCGACUCGGAAGGAGGAGUUGUAGUGGUGAGGCGAAAGCCGUCGGUAAAGAAGCCACCGGCGAAGCGCGGUGCUCAGCCGCCGAAUCAAGAAAUUCCUCAGGGAGCAGAGGGCGCGGAAGGGAAUUUACCGAGCCCAUACGACAGUGCGAGCCUGUACAGCAACGCCCAACCUCUAGUGGGUCAUACGGUCACGGCAAAACAGCCACCACCGUACGAGGAUUGCAUAAAGGGUCAAUCCAUGCAGGGUCUUCAGCAGUUGGGGUUAGACACGUUCACGACUAACUACGGUCUGCCUAAUUUUCACGACCAACUGUUAGCGCCGCACCAACGGCAAGCUCAAGGCAUGGUGAACACGUUGUCACCACCAUACAGUAAUCAAUCUCCGCCACACUCAGUGCAGUCGAACAUGACCUUGUCGCCACAGGCGAGUUACAUGGGUUCACCGUCUCCGGCGAAAAGCAGGCCGUCGUUACCCACUUCACCUACGCACAUCGCCGCCAUGCGACAGGCGACACAUCAGAAACACGGUGGAAUGCCACCGGUAGGUUUUGACUUCGAGAAUCUUCCUUACUCGUCGAGUCAACAACAGCAGCAGCAACAACAGCAACAACAACAGCAGCAGCAGCAAAUGCAGCAGACGCAGCAGCAAAUUCAACAGCAGCAGCAGCAACAACAACAGCAGCAGCAACAGCAGCAGCAGCAGCAGAGCACGCAACAGCAGCAGCAACAACCACAGCCGCAGCAACAGACGCAACAGUACUACCAGUACUUGACGCCACCGUCUCAUCACUCCGGACCCGACGUCACACCGCAACACCUGAUGCAGGCGCCCGAAAGUUUUCCGACACCGUCGCCCGACAGUCCAGGACACUGGUCUUCCAGUUCCCCACAUUCGAACAGCGACUGGUCCGAGUGCAUGGCAUCGCCGAACGCGUACGGCGCCGGGGCUGCCCACCAAAGCAACAAAGGCUCCGAGGCGAUCUACAUAUGAAGCCGGCGAUGCUCUCUUGCUCGCACGAGUAGAUCGUGAGCCGUGAAAAGCGCACAUGAACUGCCUGUGAUUGACUCGUCGAGUUCGAGGGUGAUCGUCGCCUAUGGUUUUUUCUCGUAGCGUCUUGUUGUUGGUAUCUUUGCGUAGGGAUCCGCAGGUGCGACCGUUCGUAACGCUCUAUCUCUACUUUGUCUCCUUUUUUUCCUGUGAGGAUAAAAAUGCGAACGAGGACGACGUACUUCGUCCUCGACGGAGCGUUCACGAAAUGCGUACACUACUACGGCUGCUAUAUAUAUAUAUAUUUAUAAAUAUAAAUAUAGACGAGUAAUUUUAUAUAUGUAUAUGUACGCGAGGAGAUGUUCUGUUCUCUUUGGAUCGGAAACACACGCCGUUUUAACGUGCUCGUUCAACGAUUGUGCCUUCUUCCGGAUAAUAUUACUUCCCCCGCUUGCUCGUGGUAACACGCGGCUCAACGAACAAUGGUGCCUUCGACUUGCCACAGUGUGAAGAACCGAUAGACAGUUUUUUAAAUAAUCGUAAUUGAAUAAAUAUAUAUAUAUAUUUUUUGUUUGUCGCGCGCACACGCGUGUGUAAUUGACUGUUGCAUCGAGGAAUCGUCGCGCUCAGGUGUCCUUCAUGCAAUUCUGAAUUACUUUUAGAGAUGUGCGAGGAGUUUUCCGAUCGAUGGAACACGAGGGUCCAACGCAAUUUCCACGACUAUUUCACGAACCUGUAUGCUCCUAAGGAGAAAUAUUUUUUAUUUAUAUAUAAAUAUAUAUAUAUACAUAUACAUAGAAAUUUUGUAACGAAUUAAGUGUAUUUUUCACGCGACUGCCUUUGUAAUUGUUAAAGCCACGAAAAGUCUGCCAAAUAGCGAACGACGAAAAUAUCAAGACACGUGUUGAUACUUUUCCUUCUUUAUACUUUUUUCUACGAUAGUAUAUUGCGAUAGAUCUGAUACGAGAUUCGACAAUAAAUAACGCGGUUAAGGUUCUCGAUAGCUGUUGUUGAAAGACACAUACGAAUUUGAUAUUUUCCGUCGUGUACGAUCGUCGAACAUCGAACAUUGUAAUCGGUACGUAAAAUGUGUACGUAAAUUUAGAGAUUGUUGAACAGGUGUAAUUAAGGAUGAUCAAUGUGUUCAAAAUUGUGGCAAACAGAGAUGUUUUUACAGCGAUAAGAGGAAGCAAAAAAUAAGGAAUUGUAAAAGCGAAAAAAGACAACGGAUAAGUUACACCCCUCCAAUCUACAGUUAUCUAAAUGAUAAGUUAGAAAACUCCCAAUUAUUAUGAUAGAUCUUUGUUAUUCCUUGUAACUUGUAAAAAGUACUGAGUUUUAUUAGUAUUAACUAUUCCAUAAGCUAAGGAUUUGUUUCGGUCCUAUGUGUAUCCUGCCACUUCUUUCCCCUGUCCCUUCCCUAUCGUCCCAUUACUUCCGGUACCCGAUCCUCAUAUUUUUUAUAAGUUAUGUCUUUUUAAACAGAUGUAAUAAUAAAGAUAAUCUAACGUUCACAAUA